CUCGGUUUCUACAGCCGUCGUAAGUUUUCUGUUGUUGAGGAAGUGUGGUUUAACAAUGGAGAAAGUCACAGAGAAACUGAUCCUGGAGAAAGCCUCUCCAAAAACCAACAAACUGGAACAAGUCAAGACACUAAAUCUAUCUGAGCUGGCACUGAAGCAUCAGGACUUGCCAGUCAAGCUGCUUUCCCGUCUUCAGUCUCUGGAGCGUUUGGAUCUGUCUAGAAACAGACUGCAGGAGUUACCGAAGAACCUGAAGCUUCCUGUGCUCCGCUACCUGGACCUCAGCGACAACCAGAUGGAGGAUGUUACGACGCUGGGGUCUCUAGAGGGUUUGGAAGAGCUGAAGAUGGAGGACAACCUUUAUGUCACUGUGAGUGAUAAUUACAAGAUGAUGGUGUUGCUACCCAACCUAAGGAUUUACAAUGGAAAAGACAUCACCACAACCGCAAACCACGUACGCUUUGUCUACAGUGAGAACCUAAUGACCAGGAUAAUUGCAGUUUGGGAGAAGAGUUUCAGCCUCCCUGAUCCGAUCACAGCAGAGAAAAUGUCCGCCCUGGAAACAAAGUUUGUCAACGAUGCACGCCGGCAGGUCAAGUUUGGACCCAGUUCAGUCAGUGAUUUCACCAAAUGGAGGGUGGAGAUUUUGGCCAAGGAGUAUCUGCGGUCUCUGACCGAUCCAAAGGAGGAAGCAGAGAAUGAGAAGUCCAGUAAAACUAAAGAGAACUGUGAUGUCUCAACUCCCUCCAAGAGGAAAAAAACUGGUUCAUCUACAGAGAACAACAUAAACCUGACACCUCGCAAGAGAACGCGCACAGAUCUUCCCUCCUCCCCGGCUGCAGAAAGCCCUCGUAAAUCCAGCCUCCGCACCAACCUUCAGUCAGUAGCACAGACCAUCAGGUUGAGUCCUCGAAAGCCCGCUCAGCUUCCUUCAACCCCGACCCGAGGACAAGGAGGAGCCUUGACACCCAGAAAAGAAUUAAAAGCAGGACAAAAUAAAGAAGAUGGAGCUCAGAUUAAACAGAAGGAGGAUGUCGUCAAAAAAGAUUUAAGAGCGAUUGAGCUGCCGAAGAGCUGCAUUAAUACACAGCCGGUGCAUCUGAAGCCUCUCCAUGUCCUCCAGUGUCACAGUAAACAAGACAACUCAGAGGAUUUCUCUACUCAGCUGUGGGCCUGUGCUUUCCAGCCUCUGCCGGAUUCCUCAGGCUCUGGAGGAAGCCGACUGGUUGCUACCUGUGGUGGAGACUCUCUUUGUGUGAUUGACUGUGAAACAGGGAUGGUGUUGAAGAAGUAUAAAGUUCCUAGAGAGGAGUUUUUCUCCCUGGCCUGGUCCACAGUGUUGAUGUCCAGAGGGGGCGGAGCCUCAGCUCAGCACUGCAGCAUUCUGGCAGCUGGUGGUAAGAGAGGACUCGUCAAACUAAUCCACCCCAGAAACAACGUGGCCUACGGAGAGUUUAGAGCUAGCCGCAAGUCUCUGUCUGUCCUCCGCUUCAACCACCAUCAAGGAAACUUCCUGUUCACGGGAUCAUACGAUAAAAAGAUAGUGUUGUGGGACAUCGGUGGAGUGGACAGCCAGUACAACUUUAAAGUUGUUCAGCUUCUGAUGUUGGAGGUCAGUGCCACCCCUCUGCACCUCUGCCUCCCCCCGAAAACCCCGAACUUACACCUCCUGACGGCCUGCGAGGACGGCCUUCACUGCUACAACACCCAACUGGGAACCAACAACAGCACAAAGAACAGGUCAAAAGAAAUGGAGAUAACUUUCCCCAUUUAUAAGAAGGAGGACAAAGACACCAACUACCACACCAUAGAUGGGCUGAGUUUCCUUACUGAGGACAUUGUCGCCUCCAAGAACUACCUGCACAGCUGUAUUUACUUGUGGAGCUGGAGCAAGACCAUGACUCAGCGGCCCGGUAAGAACAAGGAAGUCUGUGCUGUGGUUCUGGCUGAGCUGCAGUGGGCCAGCACUGAGAUCCCAUACCUAGCUCUCAACACCUGUCCAGGCCAGGCCUACAUAGUGUGUGGUGAUGACAAAGGAAGGCUGUGGACAUACCACGUCACUGACUUGCAGAAGAAAAAUUUCCAGGCUGGAAAACCCAUCCGGCCUACUGAGGUGUUGGGGUGGCCGGCCCCAGUGAGGAAGGGUCUCGGAAAAUUGGAGGGACCCUCCAUCAACAGCGUGACAAUGGACCCUGAACUCAACUUCCUGGUGGCUCUUAGUGACAAAAACAUGGUGAUCGUGUGGAAGCGAGAGGAGUCCUCAUGAGCUAAAUGAACCGAGAGACUGUGAAUCAUGAACACAUUGAUACAAAAGAGUAUUUUGUUUUGUAUCCACAAACAUUGGAGAGUUUACCAAGUAAUGGUAUUUUUGUGGUAAGACAGAAGGUAUUGUAGACUGAAGAUUGCCUCCUUGGAAUUACAGAAUCCACAAGAAGACAGACUGUGUUGGAUUUUUCCUCCAAAUUUCCCCAUGAUGUGUUGAAGGAAAUUUACUUUUAUGGGAGUUCUGCUGUCAGGGCAGGAAAUGUUCAUUCUUUAAUGCAGAUGUCGACCUAUAACUCAAUUUUCUGCGGUUGAGAUGGACACAUGGCCUUUGUAAAAGAAUCACAGCUUUGUGACAAAUAAUUUGAUGUUCUGUUUUCGUAUCUUUAAAAAAAGUAUAAAAAUGACUGUUUAAACAGCUGUCAAUUUCAGCAUCUGAUGCGUAGCAGGAAAGCAGCUCUAAAUAUGAGAUAGCUUUUCCAAAGAACUUUUAAGUCUACAUUUCUAUGAUCCUGCACCAUGGGUUGCAUAUGCUGGUUUCACUGUAAUGUUCGAUUUCUUGUUUAUUUCUUUGCUUUUUGUUUUUAUUUGAAACUAAAAAAGUGUCAUUUGGAAAUGUUUUUAGUUUUUCAGCUGCUGUAAAAUUCUGCAGGUAAGUAUUUGUCAAAUUUCUAGAAACAUUACUCAUAAUCAGUUUGCUUAUUUACCAUAAAAACUCCAAAAGGUCAUGAAUAUGCUUUUAUUGCAUUGUAAAUGUUUUCAUUUUUAGUGUACAUAUUUAUGUAAAUAACUGUGUUUAAACCCUUCUGCGAUUUUAAGGCCAGUGUUCAGACCUUUGUUUUAAUUAAACUUGUAGUUUUCUUAUGACAAUAAGAACUGCAUACUGCUGUGAGAAAUAAGAAGUUGAACAUCAAACCCAGCUCACACUGGUAGGUUUGGAGCAAGAUGACAGAGUGUGGCUUUCUUUAUUAACCAUUGUUAUACAGAUAAAGUCAAGACUGAGACAUGACUCAUAUUUUCUUGACUCUGUUUUUGUAGUUUUGAUGUCUGCUGUAGAUCAUUUUUAGCCCUACAAGCAGCACAAAACAGUGUACAUAGUUUUAUUUAGCCUUGCUGAGCCCCCCUUCUUCACUUUGGGAAUCACUGUGCAUUGGAACACACUAAGUUUUCAUGUAAAGCUGUAAAAACACCUUAUUCAUAAAAAAGCACAUUUUUAUUUGUAAUUCUUUGUGUUGAAUCUGGAUAUGAAUUACUGAUAAGAAGACCGGUUUUACCGGUCUAAGUAUCAUGUUUUUAACUGUGUUAUUGGUAUUGUAAGGGAUUUUAUUUGUAUUUUAUUUUGUUUACAACUUGUGAAUUAACCUUUGAGAGUUGCAUAAUGAAGCCUCCAAGCGAUGAUUAAUGCAAGACAAUGUGUUCUAUGUACUUUUCGAUAAAAACACUUCACAGUG